CGGUGGAUGCUGAGCUCUCUCCUCCUCGUGUAUUUUUUCAUUCCCCACUGCGACGGUUGAAUAAAAAAAGGGUGCCCCAUACACACGUUAACCCUUGUAUCGAGUGCACAAAGUAAAAAAAGAAAUUCAGAUAUCGUAUUUCUCGGUGAACAUCUACGAUCAGUUCCGUAUAUUUCCUUAUUUAUCCUUCACCCUCGCCUGUCGCUUACGUAUGCGAUAAGGAGGUGGAAUAAACGAUUUGAGGAAGACGUUAGGGAGUGAAUACACCGGGACGGAAAUUUUAUUGAAUUACAAGGAGAGGAAAUUGUAGAGUCGUGUCAGUUUACAACGAUAUUUGAGUUUAUUUCAGUUCCAUUUCACGAAUGGCAGUUAAAAGGGACUUGAGUGCUGCUGCACGGGAAUGAGUGAGCGAUUUCCACGAUUUUUACGUUUAAAAUGCGAUGACAGGAGAGUUGGUGGGCGCAAUGAUUCGCCACAAUCCGGAUGUUAAUAUUUCAAUAACUCCCAAAAACUAAUUAAAGAGGGACAACAGUUGAGUGGCUGGACAUAUAAUGUGUAACACGACAACAACAGUGAAAAUUGUCACUGCCACAUUGGCACUGUACUGGUGUUUCUCCAGCUGCACGUCGGAGGAGCAGAUUAAGAAUGCUUCCGCUCAAUGCACAAUUCCACUUGGUAUGGAGGAGGGGAAGAUACCGGAUGAUGCUAUUUCAGCAUCGUCCAGUUAUGAAACUAAAUCUGUCGGACCGCAGAAUGCUAGAAUACGACAGGAGAAAAACGGCGGUGCCUGGUGUCCAAAGGCCCAGAUCAGCUCUGGAAUUCGUGAAUUCCUCGAGAUAGACCUGACCCGCGAUCACCUGAUAACCUGGACCGAGACGCAGGGGAGAUUUGGCAAUGGGCAGGGCCAAGAGUACGCUGAGACAUUCUACUUGGAGUACUUCAGGGAGUCCAAGUGGCACUCGUAUACGACACUGGCUGGCGAGUCCAUACUCCGUGGCAACACCAAUACGUACCUGGUUGAGAGGCAGAGGCUCGAGCUGCCAUUUGUGGCUAGCAGGGUGAGAUUCGUACCCUGGAGCCAGCAUCCGAGAACUGUGUGCAUGAGGGUGGAGAUUUAUGGUUGUGUUUGGGAACAACGAGUGAGAGUUUACAAGGCGUCGAGACCCGCGACGUCAGGUCCUGGGGGUGCAAACGUAGACGACAAUUCGUACGAUGGAAAAUUAGACAUUAAUGGAGAUUAUCUGAUCGACGGAAUGGGACAAUUAGUAGACGGAAACCUGGGGGAGGAUCCUCACAGCUCAUCAAACCUGGCCCACUGGGUCGGCUGGACAAAUCUCCACCCCAUAACAAUCGUCUUCGAGUUCACGGAAAUCCGUCAAUUCGAAAACUGCACGAUUUAUGCUGCCAAUGCACCAGUCCGCGGCAUCGAAGUGCCAAAAUUCAUUCGCAUAUCGUUCUCGGAGGACGGCGAUGUGUACGAACCACCGACGAUCGAUAUGGAUGUGGAGGAGAGAUCCGUUUAUUCACCCGGAAUCAUUCCGGUAUCUGUGCCACUGCGCUCGAGGACAUCAAAGUUCGUUAAAUUAGAGAUGGAGCCACGCUCAAAGUGGCUUCUACUCAGUGAAGUUACAUUCACCAGCAUUUCAGUAUUGGAAUCGAACACGAGCGUGGAAAGCCAAGACGAGUCCCUCGAGUCUUCGAAUUACGAUCGUAAAAACGAGUCCCUCAUAUACGACGGUAAUUACCAGCAGAGUCCAGACAUGAAUUACACGGAUCCCGAGAUAAAUGCUAAUAUCACGCCAGAUGCAUUUCCGGUGAGUCCCCAGUGGUCGCAGACGUACAUUGGCCUGGUGAGUGGUGCCCUGACGGUGCUAGCCCUGUUGCUAACGUGCAUGGUCCUCCUGAUGAAGCUGCGCGGUCGGAAUAAGGUGGCCCUACUUCAGAAGCACACGGCGUUGCUGUGUGGCACAUCAGCCCCAGGAAUAACGAUAAAUGUGAAGGACAUGAAGCUGCCGACGCCGAUUGUCGUCAACGGCAGCCAAUCGAGCCGUUUAGCUGGUUUUGCCGGCAGUCUGAAGGCAUCCAAAGGCCGAUCGGGCUCAGUAUCGAGUUACGAUGCUGCUACCAUCACUCGCGAGGUCAUCGAGGGCCACCAGACACCUGGACAACGAGAUCUCAACGAGUACGAGCACUGCAGUGUCUACGCUGAAAAAACUUACAAACUACUUUUUCCUGACGAACGCUUCUCCGGCUGCAAGACGGAUUAUGCUGAUGUCACUGAAUUUAACAAUGAAACAGUGGCACUGCAUAUGGAACAGGAGAAGGAUCAACAUGCCGAGAGAACACCCCAGACACUCUACACUCAUAAAUCGAAAUACUCGCAUGGACAUUCCUCGAAGAGCAAGGUUUAUGAGGGGUAUUAUGCCGCCACUGACAUUCUCACGAUAAAGAGACGGGAACAGCACACUGGUUCCAGUUUAUUUACUUCGUAUUUUAUCGAGGAACGUCAUAACGUUGAGGUACAGGAGAUUCAUCACAUAUCGAGGCACAGAUUGAGAAUUUGCGAUAAAAUUGGUGAGGGAAGUUUUGGAUUUGUUCACUUGUGCGAGGCAAAGGGAAUUCACAGUUUGGAUUCAGGAACUAUGAAGAACAAACAGUUGGUUAUUGUGAGGUCACUGUGGCGAGGAGUUACGGAUUCACUGAAAAAGGAUUUUAUGAGGGAUAUGUGCAUUUUGGCUCAAAUUCGUGAUCCUAAUAUUGCAAGGAUUGUGGCACUUGUGGAGGAAGAGCCGUUUGGUGCGGUAUUUGAAUAUGGUGAGCAUGGAGAUUUGCCGUAUUACAUUCGUAAUCAGGAGAAGUCAAACAACGAAGCCCCAUUGAGUUACAGUCGAUUAAUGAAGUUUAUCACUCAAAUUGCCACUGGAAUGAAGUACCUCGAGAGUUUGAACAUUGCUCAUUGUGACUUGGCAGCUCGAAACUGUGUAAUUACCAAGAAUUUAUCGAUUAAAGUGUCGGAUCAUGCUAUGUACAGCAGUAAAUACGACGGUGAAUAUUACGUUAAUGAGUGUUAUGCUAAGAUACCGCUACGAUGGAUGGCUUGGGAAGCUGUUUUGCUGGGUAAACGAAGUUGUCAAGCCGACAUCUGGAGUUACGCAACGACAGUAUGGGAAAUAUUGACCUACUGCGAGGAUCUACCCUACUCAGACAUGACAUCGGAGCAGGUAUUGGAAAAUUGUGGUAAGUGCUAUCACUCUGGUACAUCAGAAAAACCACGCAUACUGGGCCAACCGUCGUCAUGCCCCCGAGAACUCUACAGAAUGAUGACAAAGUGUUGGAACAAGCACGCCGAGUCGAGACCCACAUUCAAGGACAUUUAUAUGUUUCUCAAACGCAUAAACCUCGAUUGAACAUUGUGAAUGACGAAAAAAUAAUCCUGAAAUCAUCGUUUCAACACGUGUGCAAGGACCAAAUAAUGAAAACACAAUCAGCUAUGAUGCAUUCUCCUCCGAUCAAUGAUACGAUAAUUAAUGGUUACGCCCGAGGAGUGCUCUGGCCAACUAACUUAUGCUCAACUAGGUUUAUCUUCAAUCUUCUAAGUAUAAUACCCCUAAUUUUAAUCACAAAUGGAGAUAUAUCAUUGUAAGGUACAUAAGAGUUUUUAUAAUCGGUGUCAAGCUACAUUUUCUUCGAGUUUCAAGAGAAAAAAUGUGUGAAGCUGAAAUAGGCGGAAUAUUCGUCGGUGGAAAUUUCAAUUCAGGGGAUUUUUGGGGGUUCAAGGGUGAAACAAUUACGUGAAGAAAUUUUUUUCAAGUGCAAACGAGUUUACUGCUGUCUUAAAAAUAUUUCUACUCACCUAAAAGAAGCCGAAACUGACGGAAUAUUCCUCAGUUUUUUCCCAAAAGUACUUGUACGGCCCUAGAUUCCCCUGAGGCAAAUCUUCUGCUGACAAAUCUAUUCCUAGUUUCAAAUCCAUAAAAAUGUGCAGAAAAUCGUAAAAAAAUAAGAAUUAUCUGCGCUGUAUCUCUGUGCAUUUCCUACUAGAGGCAUCCUAGAAACAGUCGAUAUCAUAGAAUUAAAGAGGAUAAGUUGUAAGAUUGCGAUCAUCAACGACGAAUUAAUGAUUAAGCUCUUGCUUUAUUUGACGAAGUGAGAAUGAAUGAGUUGACCUUCAGGUUGCGUCCACAUAUCGGUAGUUAAUCUUUAUCGUAAUAAGCUAUUGACGCAUUUCACGGAUGAAAUAUCAUGGAAUAAUCAAGACAAUUCGGUAGAAAAUUCUAUUAGAUUUCCGUCGAAAUUUUUAUCAGUUCCGCAGCUUAUCUGCGUGUUUUAUU